AGUCCUCUUCCUCCGCCGUCCAGGUUUAAACUCAACCGUGCUGAGGGGUCGCAAUUAGCCCCUCCUGGCCGCGAUCCGAAUACAAUUGCCGGCAAUUCCACCCAGCCGUUCCUGGAAUUUGCAACAACCGCCGCGUUCCCCGCCCAGUUGAUUGCCCCCGAUUGCAGUCAACAUCGCCGACCAUGGCUGCGGAGCAUACCGUCACCCAGGCCCUGCUGGAAUGGGUCAACAGUUUCGCCUUGGGUAAGACUAUCCGGACGACCGAGGAGUUAUCGGAUGGCACCAUCAUUUGGGAGAUCCUGCAGGACAUCGAUCCGCAGUAUUUCCUCGACGAGAUCCCCCAGCGCGCCCCGUCCGACCACUGGCUAUCCAAAUGGCAGAACCUGAAACAUAUCCACAAGUUGCUCGUCAACUACAUCCGCCAACAACCCGAUGGCAUGCCCACGGGUCUUGACCCCAAUCCCAACCUCGAAUUGGUCGCCGAAAAGAACUCCGUCAAGGAGGCCAACAAACUCCUGAAGCUCCUUCUGAUCGCCGCCAUCCGCUCCCCCAACGCGCAGACCUACGUCGAGACCCUUCAGAGCCUAAGUACCCCGACGCAAGAGACCCUGAAAAACAUCUUUGAAGAAGCUCAGAAUGGUCAGCAUGAGGCUAUCGAUGGCGAGGACGAUGUCAAGGAGGAGCGGGAUCUGCCAGUCGACCCGGAACUGCAGUUUGAAGAGCGGGUAGGAAAGGUGUUGGCGGAGAAUAACCGGAUGGCGCGUGAGAAAAAGGACAUGCAGAAACAGAUCGAUGAUAUGCAUGAUCGCCUGGCGCGCCUCCAGGAGAACAACGAUACCUUGCAAAGCCGGCUUGCAUCGACCGAAGACCGACUAGUCAACUUGAGGUCUGGGAAGGGUGAUCUUGGACUCAGCGCAAAGGCUCUUGAGUCUAAAUCCCGCCAACAGGAAGACAUUAUCGCAACUCAGGAAGCAAGGCUGGCUACAGCGCAGGAUGAGAUCGACAGUUUACGCAUGACGGUGGAGUCGUUACGCGUCAAGAACCAACGAUUCCAGAAGCUUCAGGAUGACUAUGAUGAGCUGAAGACUGAGCGAGAUCAACUCGCCCGUAAGGCGAAUGCGGCCGAAAAGUACCGCCAGAAGCUGCAGGCUAGCCAGGACUUCGAGAAGGAGAACCAGUCGCUCAGGAACCAGAUCAAAGACUUCCAGCAACAGCUGAAGGAGGCGGAUUCGCAGCAGAAAUGGAACUCCGAGCGUGAGGUGGAGCUUGAAGAAUACCGCAGAGUUUUACCUCGCAUUGAGCAGGAGUGCAGUGAAAUCCAAAACCUGAAGAAGCAGCUCGAGUUCAACAACCAUGCUCUCACAGAGCGACUCAGUAACGCCGAUGAGCAGCGCGAACGUGAUGAUGCUUUGAUAAGCGAGCUCCGUGAGCGAAUCCGUGAACUGGAAGGUUCUCCUGGAAGCCCAUCCCUGACGCCGGGUACUGAAACUCCCAAGCUCGAGGGCACUCUGCAGAAAGACUUUGAGGCGAUCGGUGUGAAGGAAUCACAGCUGAAAUCUGAGAAUGAAGAGCUGAAGAAGGAAGUGGAAUCUCUGAAAGGGCCAUCCGUGGGCUUGGACUUUUCCGAAGCCUUCAAUGAAACGCUGCAACAGGCCCGCGCAAAUUCUUCGCAGAGUGAUGAUUACUGGAAGUUGUACGACCAGUAUACAUCUGCCCUCAAGAGAUUGGCCGAGGCCCAAGAAGCUCUCGAUGUAUCCAAGAGAUCGCUGAACGAUGCGCUGGCGGAAAUUGAACUCUCCAACAAAGAGAACAUGGAUCUGAUUGCCGAGAUCAAAGCGAGCAGCGCAUCGGAUUUGACUAAGGCUCGUGAAGGAGAAGAUGAUGCUAUGCGCAGACUGUACAAUUUGCAGGCCGAGCUUGAUUCAACCCAGGCUCUGGUCCAGGUCACAUGUGCCGAACGUGACGAUCUGCGAAACUUGCUCGAGAAGAAGCAAGCGGAGUUCCGUGCGGAAGAUCAUGAAGCCGCAGAGGAAAUGAAGAAGCUGCUGGCCGAACUCACUGCACAGGAAAAUGGCGAUGAUCCCGAAGCUGCUCAAAAGUCGGCUGUAGAGCUCAUUAGACAAGUCGCCGCGCAGAUUGAAAAGAACCUGGAGAGGCUGGCGAAACGUGCAGAGGUUAGUUACAAGAAACCCCAUCGGCUCUCAACUUGUGUUAUCCCGAACCAAGCAAGGGCUAUUCGCCUUGGUAGCCUCAGUGGCGACAGGAAACGUCUCGAUCUUCUAGCGGAUCGGCCAUUUGGCGAUUCGACCCAGAUAUUAGCAGCGAAGGCACCCGGUCUAUCGCGCCUGGGUCGAUUAAUCGCCAAGCGGUUCAGGCGCUGAGGCUCGGCUGCCACCUUGACCCAUUGAUACAUCCUAUCCCAUUUGCACUUUACGGCCAACAAAAGACUAAUACGAAUCAUCUUGCAGUACAUCCAUCAACAGAACGAACACAUCAAGUUCCUCCAAGAGCGGAUAAAGCAACUUGAAGAGGAUACGGAUGAUGGAAUCAGCAAAGAGCGGGAGGUAAGUUGUCAUUUGACACGGACUAGUUAUUGCAAGCCACUAAUAUUCAAAUUCUCCAAAAAGC